UCCCCACUUCAACUUCACGACUCUCAACCGCAGAGUCAAUUCUCUCAGUGAUUUCUUAUCACACAAUUUCAUAUCAGCAACUCCUGUCUGAAAUUGCCUUUUACUCGACACGGCGAUCGGCUGGCUCUAAUUUACGAAAAUGCCUCCACCUCCUCACGCGAAACCUGAGAAUGUUCUCAAGCGAGCGCAAGAACUUGUUGCUGUCAACAAGAAUUUGAGUGCUCUUGAACUUCUCCACGAACAUGUUACCGCCAAACGAUCGCGACUUUCACCCAUCGCUUCACUGGAGCCCGUCAUGGUGCUCUUUGUGGAGCUCUGUGUCAGCCUCAGGAAAGGAAAGACGGCAAAGGAUGGGCUGUACCAGUACAAGAAUAUCGCCCAGAAUAGCAGUGUCCAAACGAUCGAGAUGGUUCUUCGUAAAUUCAUCGAACUUGCGGAGGCAAAGGUUACCGAAGCCCAAGAACGGGCGGAACAGAUCACUUUAGAUGCCAUCGAUGAUCUCGAGGCUUCCGAGACACCAGAGUCUAUCCUCCUCUCUACGGUUUCCGGCGAACAAUCCCGGGAUCGAACGGACCGAGCCGUCGUCACGCCAUGGUUGAAGUUUCUUUGGGAGACAUACCGUACUGUCCUCGACAUCCUCCGGAACAAUGCUCGACUUGAAAUUAUGUAUCAGAGCACCGCCUUGCAGGCAUUCCAAUUUUGCUUGAAAUAUACCCGGAAGACCGAAUUCCGAAGACUCUGCGAGCUUCUUCGGAACCAUGUUCAGAAUGCUGCGAAAUACUCGACUCAGAUGCACGCCAUCAACUUGAAUGAUCCCGACACCCUCCAGCGUCAUCUUGAUACCCGCUUCCAGCAGCUCAACGUUGCAGUCGAGCUGGAGCUAUGGCAGGAGGCUUUCCGCUCCGUGGAGGAUAUCCAUACUCUUCUCAACUUGAGCAAGAGACCUGCCAAAAACGUCAUGAUGGCCAACUACUACGAGAAACUGACUAGGAUAUUCUUGGUUUCUGAUAAUUACCUUUUCCAUGCCGCGGCCUGGAGCAGGUACUACAAUUUGCUUCGGACCAGCGCUGCUCAGGUUGCCGCAGGGUCUGCUCCGGUGAAAAAAGACUUUCCCGCUGCCUCCGAUGCAGAUCUCUCGCGCGCAGCUUCUCUCUAUCUCCUCGCAGCUCUCUCCAUCCCGGUGAUUAGUCAGGCUCGAUCCAAGGGUGCCCUUCUCGACGUCGAUGAGGCAAAGAGAAACAAGAAUACCCGCUUGACGAAUCUCCUUGGCAUGAGCAGAGCUCCUACCAGAGCUGCAUUAUUCAAAGAUGCAAUUAGCAAGGGGGUUCUUAAGCGUGCUAGGCCGGAAAUCAGGGAUCUGUAUUCUAUCCUUGAGGUCGAUUUCCAUCCUCUGAGCAUUUGCAAGAAGAUCUCCCCUAUAUUGGUUCAGGUUGCUGCGGAGCCUGAUAUGAAGCCCUACGUUAUCCCUCUUCAACAGGUCAUCCUCACUAGACUAUUCCAACAGCUCUCUCAGGUUUAUGAUACCAUUCAACUGAGCUUUGUCAUUAACCUUGCAUCCUUCCCCGAGCCCUUUGAGGUUACUCCUUCUAUUAUCGAGAAGUUCAUCAUGAAUGGAUGCAAGAAGGGUGAUUUGUCGAUUCGUAUUGACCAUGCUGCGGGUGUUCUCACAUUUGAAUCCGAUAUAUUCUCCUCCACCAAGCCCUUGCACCCUGGCUCGGUGGCUGGAUCAGCCGAAAAGGAGACAGGUUCCGUUCAGAAACUCCAGAGCACCCCUUCGGAAAUUGUUCGCAGUCAACUCUCUAGACUCGCAAAAGCGCUCUAUCUCACUUGCUCACACGUCGAUCCUGAUUUUCAGCAGUACCGUCUGGAGGCCAAGGCUGCAGCCUAUGCCAGGGCCCAAGCCGGUGCUCAGGAGGAACACGAGGAUACGCUUGCUCGACGGACCAUCAUCGAGAAGAAGAAAGAGGCUGCUGAGACCGCUCUCCUCAAGAAGGAGAAAGAGGAGGCUCAGCAGCGCCUGCUUAGAGCGGAAGAAGCCCGUGCUGCAGAGGCCGCUCGUGCUGCAGACCAACAGAAGAAACGCGAGUUGGAGAGAAUGAGGCAAGAGCAGGAGAAGAUUCGGAAAGAGGAACUCAAAAAACAACUCGACGAACUCUCGCUUGAUGCUAAGAUAGAUGUCGAGAACCUCGAGGAUCUUGACAGCAAUCAAUUGAGAGCGAUGAAACUCGCCCAGUUGGAGAAGGAGAAGAGGGAGAUGGCCGAGAAGCUCAGGAUAACUGGGAAGAGGAUUGAUCAUCUCGAAAGAGCACUCCGCCGUGAGGAGGUUAAUGUUUUGCCCAAGGACUUGGAGAGGCAGAGGGCGGAGGAUCUGGCCGCGUAUGAGAAGAAGAAGCGAAUUACGCUCGCAAACUCCAAGAGGCAACACGAAGAGGCAGUUGCUCUGAAGAGGCGGCUUAGUAGACUUGUGCCUAUCUACGAGACUUUCAGGAAUGAUAUUAAACAGCAGAGGCACCAAGAAUUCGAGUCGAGACGCAAGGCUGCCGAGAAGCAGCUUGAGGUUGAGAUGGGGAAGCGGCGUCAGGAAGUCCGUGCUGCUAAAGAGCGGAAGAGAAAAGAAGCGGAAGCCGCCGAGAGAAGAAGAGUCGAAGAGGAGGAGAGGGCGCGCAAGGAGGAAGAGGAGAGGGUCCGGAAGGAAGCGGAGCUACGUGCUAGAAUGGCAGAGGAAAAGGCGAAGCGUGACGAGGAGCGGAAGAGACUUGACGAGAUUGCCGCCAAACAGCGUCAACGAGAGCAGGAAGUCGAAGAACGCAAGGCUCGUGAGAGAGCGGAGCGUGAGAGUCUCAAACGAGCUGCCCCCGUUGAAGAGACGCCUGCAAUAGAGGCGCCAGGGUCUCGACGCUGGGCUCCUCCUAAGGCUAGUAGCUGGCGUGACCGUGAAGCUGAAAGGAAGACCGGCGAUUCUGCAUCUCCACUUAACGGAGCCAGGGAUAGGGAAAGAGAUAGAGAUAGCGCCAACGCGUCCCCAGCACCUGCUGGUGAGCGCAAGAAGCUGAACAUCGCUCCAAGGACUCUUCCGAAGGAAGAUAUCCAGGUGCCACCUCAACUCACCGAGCGUACUGUCGAGCGUGGGGCCGCUCCAUCUCCCGACGCCGCCGCACCGAAGCCGGGUGUUUAUAGACCUCCUGCUCUCAGCGGCCGCACACUCCAGACUGACCGCCCCGCUUCCCCGGCCAGCGGUGGAGAGGCUGACAAGCCGAAGAGUGAGAAGUGGGUUCCACGCCGUCGUCUUGGAGGGGACAGUAAGGAAGGCGAGAGUAGCGAGAGGAGGGGUGGAGGCAGUUGGGGAUCAAGGCGUUAAAUUAUUGUGCUCUCUUGUUCUAGGUUUCUUUUCAUCUUUCUCACUAUAGGGGUAUUAGGGGGGCGACGGCGGGUUUGCAGGAAAGGUAGGGGUAGAAAAGUAUGAUGGGAUUACGAGGUAACGUAUUGGAAAAAAGGGUAGUAGUAGCUGUACUGUCUUUUUUUUUUCCUGCCCCUUUUCCUUUUCAUUCCCCUACAGGUCAUUCAUUUGUUGUGUUGGUGGUGUCCAUGAGUCUCUGGGUUGAGACGCAAUGUAGUGGAGGUGGCGGCGGUCGAUGAGGCUUUGGUUUUCCUAAAAUUUCCUUCUGAACUACGAUCCGCCGACCGAUUGGUGGGGGGCUUGAUACUGCGUUUCUUUUCUCUUUCUAUUUCCUUUUCAAUUUAUCUAAAAAAAAAAGGUAUACCUAUUCCUUGAGCCCUUAACUACUCGAGUACUGUACCGGUAUCAUACCGUACCGCACCUCUGAAUUAUAAAA